AGAUGAACUACGAGCCGCUGGUAUCCUCAGUAAAAACGUACCCACACCAGAGCUGUAAUGCAGAUUUGCAAAGACAGGGAGACUUGUAAUGCGCAUCCCCAUGAGAGCCAUUUCCAAUCGUGUUUUGGAAUUUGUAAUGCUGUAAACAGGAUUAGCAGUUGGAUUUCUGAUGCAGCUGGCCUUGCGAACCUGCACUACGCUACGGACUGCAGCUUGUGAUGCGUGACUCACAAAACUCCUAGGCUUGUGUUGCAAAAUCCCCAUCCUGACUCUGGUGUGGGUACGUUUUUACUCAGGAUAGCUGGUGGCGGCGCAGUCGGUCACCAACGAGCAGAAGCGGGACAAGGAGAAGGAGAUGAAGCGGCUCUACGGCGGCGCCGUGUACGCGAAAAUGAAAAAGCAGCAGGACCGGGAGGAGAAGGAGAACGCGCUGCCCUUCUUUCAGUCCUACGUGGACGUUUCCAAGUCGUUUGUGGUGGAGUUCCACGGCAACCGACUGCAGCCCGUGAUCGACUGGAGCUACAACGUGAUCUCGAAUAGGUUGCUGUCCGGGGAAAAGUCCUCCGUGUUCCUCGGGCUGAUCAUCGGGUAUGUGCGGUCGCCGGUCUAUCGAGAGUUGUUCUCAAGCAAGGUGGGCAGGAGGUGGCUGAUCUCGUUUUUCGUGCGAUAUCGGACCUUCGCCGAUUGGGACUCAGUGAACAUCAACGGGCAGUCGGUGCUCUCACUGGCAAACGAUCCGAAAAUGGACAAGGAAUUCAGGUUGCUCAUAAAUUCCAUCCAACAAAAGUGCAUCGCCAUGGUGGAAGCCAGGCAGAAAUAAUAAAAUCUUGGGAGGUCGUAGACAACCCACUUAGACUUACAAAGUAUAGAUACCACCACGCGGGCGAGUUUCUAGUAUCUUGAGUUAUGAUUCAGUACUUGAAAAGGUGGCAAAAUUUAGGAGUGCUAGUAGGAUUUUUAGCCCAUCAACAUAUUAGUUUUUUCGGGAUUCACCAUACUCUUUUUGCCGCUACCAGUUUAGAUAGCAUACAUACAUUAGUUGAGCAUGAUUCUCCUUUCAAUGCAACUAGCAUUUGAUUUCUUCCCCGCAGCAUCUGCGUAACCCGCAAAAGCACUGUUCUUUCGUGUAUCCCAAACCGAAACCUGGCACCCUGUGCAACAUGAAGUCACUAAUUUUCAUUCAC